AUCGGGAUCGCCGCGGCUCCGCUCGCUACCUGCGGGAAGGGCACGGAGCUGCUGAGCAAUGGAAGAGUUAAUUGUUGAGCUGCGCCUGUUCCUCGAGCUGCUGGACCAUGAAUACCUAACAUCAACAGUCAGAGAGAAAAAGGCAGUGAUAACCAACAUUCUCCUGAGGAUACAGUCGUCAAAAGGCUUUGAAGUGAAAGACCAUGUUCAGAAACAAGAAGUUACCACCAGUUUGCCGGCCCCGCCGCAGAUGCCGCUGCCCGAGAUCCCUCAGCAGUGGUUGCCGCCAGACAGUGGGCCUCCACCAUUACCAACAUCUUCUCUUCCAGAAGGCUAUUAUGAAGAAGCUGUGCCAUUGAGUCCCGGAAAAGCUCCUGAGUAUAUCACUUCAAAUUAUGAUUCGGAUGCAAUGAGCAGCUCAUAUGAAUCAUAUGAUGAAGAAGAAGAAGAUGGGAAAGGGAAGAAGACGAGACAUCAGUGGCCCUCAGAUGAAGCCUCCAUGGACCUUGUGAAAGAUGCUAAAAUCUGUGCAUUCCUCUUAAGAAAGAAACGGUUCGGACAGUGGACCAAGCUGCUUUGUGUCAUCAAAGACACCAAACUACUGUGCUACAAAAGUUCCAAGGACCAGCAACCCCAUAUGGAACUGCCGCUGCAUGGGUGCAACAUCACCUAUAUCCCCAAAGACAGCAAGAAGAAGAAGCAUGAGCUGAAAAUCACACAUCAAGGCACAGAUGCCCUCGUCCUGGCCGUUCAGAGCAAAGAACAGGCAGAGCAGUGGCUCAAGGUUAUAAAAGAAGUCUACAGCAAUUGCGGUGGAACGGUGGAUUCGGAUGGGCCUUCGUCUAGUUCUCCAGUGCACAAGACUGAGCUAGAGAAGAAACUGUCCUCAGAGAGGCCGAGCUCAGAUGGGGAGGGUGGCGCAGAAAAUGGAAUUACCAUGUGCAACGGAAAAGAACAAGUUAAGAGGAAAAAAAGUUCAAAGUCAGAAGCCAAGGGAACAGUGACAAAAGUCACUGGGAAAAAGAUUACCAAGAUCAUUGGUCUAGGAAAGAAAAAGCCGUCUACAGAUGAACAGACCUCGUCAGCUGAGGAAGAUGUGCCCACCUGUGGGUAUCUAAAUGUGCUCUCGAAUAACCGUUGGCGGGAACGUUGGUGCAGAGUGAAAGAUAAUAAGCUCAUUUUCCACAAGGAUAGGACGGACCUGAAGACCCAUAUUGUUUCCAUUCCUCUCCGUGGCUGUGAAGUGAUUCCAGGCUUGGAUUCCAAACACCCCUUGACAUUCCGUUUGCUUCGAAAUGGGCAGGAAGUCGCUGUACUAGAGGCUUCAUCCUCUGAAGACAUGGGCCGAUGGAUUGGAAUCCUGUUGGCUGAAACAGGGUCAUCCACUGACCCUGGAGCGCUACAUUAUGAUUAUAUCGAUGUGGAGAUGACCGCAAAUGUCAUCCAGACAGCCAAACAGACAUUCUGCUUUAUGAACAGACGUGGUAUCUCUACAAAUCCCUAUCUCGGCAGUGCCUCCAAUGGAUAUGCCCACCCCAGUGGGAUGGCACUUCAUUAUGAUGAUGUCCCUUGCAUAAAUGGAUCGUGGGAACAAGAAGACAGCUUUCUGCCUUCCCGUAGCAGAAUCUUGGGAGAAGAAGUGCUUUAUGAUAAUGCGGGGCUGUAUGAUAACUUGCCGUCUCCAAAAAUCUUUGCCCGCUACCCACCUGCUGAAAGAAAGACUUCUAGAUUAUCUACUGACAAACUGUCUUCUAACCAUUACAAACAUCCUGUCUCCUCCAAUCUGUCUUCUGCUCAGUCUGUCACUAAUACCUCUUCAGUGGGGAGGGGAUCUGUCGGGCUGAACUCUCAGUUCAAGAGCAAGAAACCUCCUGUAGCAUCUAAUGGGGUCCCAGGGAAAGGGAGAAAUGUCAACAGUCCACAAAAGAAAAUGGACUCAUCAGCCACGGUCAAACGGACAGCAUCAAAUGCUGACCAAUACAAAUAUGGGAAGAACCGUGUAGAAGCAGAUGCCAAGAGGUUGCAGACCAAAGAGGAGGACUUGUUAAGGAAGAAGGAAACUCUGCGUAACCGUCUGGCUCAGCUCCGAAAAGAGAGGAAAGAUCUUAGAGCAGCCAUUGAAGUGAAUGCUGGCAGGAAGACCCAAGUUAUUCUAGAAGAUAAGCUGAAGAAGCUGGAGGAGGAGUGUAAGCAGAAGGAGACAGAGCGUGUCAAUCUGGAAUUGGAACUCACAGAGGUCAAAGAAAGCCUCAAGAAAGCCUUGGCAGGGGGGAUCACCCUGGGCCUAGCAAUUGAGCCCAAAUCUGGAACCUCAAGUCCCCAGUCUCCAAUUUUUAGGCACCGAACUCUGGAAAACUCUCCCAUCUCAAGUUGUGACACCAGCGACACUGAAUGUUCAAUGCCCGUGAACAGCGCGGCGGUUCUGAAACGACACCCACCGACAUCUGGCAACUCUCCUUGCCGGGGUCAUGUCCUUAGGAAGGCAAAGGAAUGGGAAUUGAAAAAUGGGACAUAAAAAGAAUGGUGAAAAAAUGUGCACACCUUCUAGAAGGCCUUACAUCCUCUCAUUCAAGACUCAGACGAUCGGAGACUCAACUCUAAACAUGACGUCAAGCAGUACAGCAUCAGAGGUUUUGUAAUUCUACUCAGGUGCCAGUAGCUUGGCUCUCACUCCACUUGUACACUCUUUCUACUGUAUAUGGUGCCCUUUUUUAAAUGAUUAUUAUUACUUGUGACACUCUAGUUUCCAACUUUGUUUAACAAAGAAGGCAAAAUAAAUCACACACACACAAAACACCCUAAAAAAUGGAACAAAGAUAAGUGAUAGAAAAGAAGCAAAAGAACUGUAAUGGGAAGGAUUAUGUCUUUUUAACUAAUUAAGUAAUGACUUUAAACUGCCUUGGCUCAAAUUGAACCUGAUCAUGGGAGUGUGAAGCUGGAUGAGCCCCAGGCAAAAUUCUUGGAUUGGCAUCUAGGGGAGUUUUAUAGUAGGACUCUCACAGAUGAGGAUGGCUCUAGCUGUGGGCAGAGCCAGGAUCUGAUCCCUCAUGGACGAUCUUAUUUGAAAAAGAACGUCAGGAAGCAUGUUGAUCAAUGUGAUAGGACUGCUGGCAUGAGCUGAAUGGCUGGUCCAGGAGAUUCUUCUCCUCCCUCUCCUCUCCCCUUUUCCCCCCACCCCCCGCCA